GAAUUCAACGGAUUCAUUGUUUACGUCGCGACGUCGUCAUUAUUGCUGUUUUCGCUGUUAGUGCGGCUGUUAGUGCGGCUGCUAUGGCUACAGUGGCUACAGUGGCUACUGUGACUACUGUGGCUACAGUUACAGCUUUUGUUGUUGGAUUUUUCGUUAGUAGUUUUUGUGCUGCUUACGUUACUAUUGGCUUCUCUGCUUUUUGGUAGUAUAAAAAGAGCGCGUUUACGUUAUUUGGAAUUUUGUUGACGUUUUGUCGUGAAGAGGUUAAAACGAAAUACUUAAAAGCGUUCGCUUCGAGUUUUAACGGAGUUUUGUCGCGGAAACGGAAACAUUGCAAAUAGUUCUUGUUCUUUAACAAUUGCUGUAGUUUUUAUUCUGUCUCAUGAACAGAUAAUAAGAUAAUAUAUAUACAAAGUGAUUUUUAAAGCAGACAAUCUCAAAUACCACAAGUGCUGAGAAAUGGAAACUGAAAUACAAAAUUUUUACAAAAACAAAAAUGUUUUUUUAACUGGCGGCACAGGAUUUCUAGGAAAAGUUUAUUUGGAAAAAAUUUUACGUGCCACAGACGUCAACUAUGUUUACCUUUUGGUACGCCCAAAACGAGGCAAAAACAUAGAUGAACGCAUAAAUGACAUUUUAAAGGAUGAACUCUUUGAUCAACUUCACAAACUGAAACCGAACUCAGCGAAACGUGUGAAGCCCAUAUUUGGCGAUUGCUUGCUACCAAAUCUUGGCCUGAGCAGUGAUGAUUACAAAGAUCUUGUGGAGAAUGUGCACGUUGUGGUGCAUAGUGCAGCCACAGUACGUUUUAAUGAGCCGCUGAGCACCGCAUUGGCCAUAAACGUGCGUGCAACAGUGGACUUAAUAAAACUGGCGAAGAAAAUGCAAAAAUUAAAGGUUUUUGUUCACGUAUCUUCCGCAUUUGCUAACUGCUUCAAGACAGACAUAGAUGAGUGCUACUAUACAGAGCAUUUGAACAUCACUGCAGAAAAGUUAUGCACAUUGGUAGAUAUACUAGGUACGGAGACGGCCGAUCGUUUAGCUACAGAACUAUGCAAAGAUUUUCCAAAUACUUAUUGUUACACAAAAGCUCUCGCAGAAGAAGCUAUUCUUAGUCAAGGCAGUGAACUACCGAUUUGCAUAUUUCGGCCUGGUAUCGUUAUACCCUCUUGCAGUGAACCAGUGCCUGGUUGGAUAGAUACUUUAUAUGGACCUACUAGCAUUUUGUAUGGUGCAGCUUAUGGUGUACUACAUGUGCUUUAUGCGAAUAUUGAAGCAAAUGCUGGUGUGGUGCCAGUAGAUUAUUGUGCAAAUGCUAUGCUUUCUACGGCUUGGUAUACGGCUAAAUCUGUGAGACAAGAUGUUACUUCACCGCCUUCAAUAUACAAUUUAGUUCCGGACUCAGCAAAUCCAUUAAAAUGGAAAUCAUACAUGCGUUCUGUUGAAGAGCAUGGUACGAAAAUGCCUUUAACGAAUAUGAUUUGGUUUCCAUUUUUAAUUCAUACAAAUUCAAUUUUAUUCUACAAGAUAUUAUGCUUCUUCUAUCACACAAUACCAGGAUAUAUAUUUGAUCUGUUAUUAUUGGUACUUGGUAAAAAACGCAGAUUAGUAAAAACUUAUAAAAAAAUCCAUCAACAGAGACCCAUGUUUGAUUAUUUUGUGGAACGUAAUUUCAAUUUUUCGAUAACAAAUUCGAAGCAAUUGUGGAAGAACUUAACUCCGGAAGAUCAAAGCAUAUUUAAUUUCGAUAUGCUAUCGAUUAAUUGGUCAGAAUACUUUUAUAAUAGUUUAUGUGGUAUGAGAAGAUUUCUAGCAAAAGAAGAGCCCAGCACAAUUCCAAGGGGUUUGGAGCUCAAAAAACGUUUUCUAAUUCUCCAUCGCGCAGUACAACUAUUGGUUUAUGGUGGCGGUAGUCUAUUAUUCUAUUGGACCUCUAAAAAAUUAUAUUAUUCCAUAUUGGCAUGCGAUUGUAUUCAACCACAACUGGGAGUUAACAAAGAAGAUCGCAAAUUUCUUAUAGAGAAUGUAAAUAUUAUAUUACACUGUGCCGCCACAACACAUAUGAAUAACCCUCUAAAGAGUGCCUUACCCAUAAAUUUUGGUGCCACAGUGUCCCUUUUAAAGAUGGCGAAAGAAAUGCUAAUGUUGCAGUCAUUUGUGCAUGUUUCCUCGGCUUUUGCUAAUUGCCUUACGCAGCAUAUCGAAGAGCGUUUCUAUACUGAAGAUUUGGGCAUAAACACUUCCCAAAUUUCAGAAGACGAUAUAUUUAAUGAACAAUUUGUUAAUAAUUUAGAUAAAGAUUUUUGCAAGAAGUAUCCUAAUAGUUACACCUUCACAAAGGCUAUGGCAGAGGAUGCGGUUUUAAAAUGUGAAAACUUACCAGUAUGCAUUUGUCGGCCUGCAAUAGUAAGUUCUACAUGUAAAGAUCCAAUCAUUGGAUGGACUGAUAAUCACCAAGGACCUUUUGGAAUUUUGUUUUCAGUAGCUACUGGUUUACUACGUAUCAUGUACAUAAAUCAUGAUGUUAAUGCUGUUUUGGUUCCUGUUGAUUAUUGUGCAAAUCACAUACUUGUUUGUGCUUGGAGGACCUCAAACUUAAACACAAAUCUGACACCAUUAAUUUAUAAUUUCGCUACUGAUGAGCACAAUCCCAUCAGCUGGAAAAAUGCCAGCAAUCUUGUAGCUUUACAUGGCUCCAAAAUUCCAAUAAGUAAAACGAUAUGGUAUCCGUUUCUAAUUUUGUGCAAAUCGAAGAUAUAUUAUAAAGUAGCUAGACCAAUUGUGAAUACUUUACCGUAUCUGCUUGUCAAACUAUUCUUGGCUAUAACACGCAAUAAGACAAGAAUUAUCAACAUCUCUGUAGUAGAGAAACCUGUGAAAAAAGUAGAGUAUUUUGUAACACAUAACUGGAUUUUUACUAUGCACAAUACAAAGCGACUAUGGAACUCAUUGUCCACAGAAGAUCAGGAAUUGUUUAAUUUUGACAUGUUGUCACUCGAUUGGUCCGAAUACAUACGUACCAAUUUGUGGGGAAUGCGAAGAAUUGUAGCUAAAGAAGAACCGGAUACAAUCCCUAAGAGUAUUGAGCGUGUAAAAAGGUUACGGAUAUUACAUCACGUUUGCAAAUAUAUAUUUUUCGGUGGAGUCGUCGGUUUAUUAUAUCUUUUAUAUAAUUCAAUAAUGUUUAUUGCAAGAAGAAAAAUAAUUUCCUAAGAGGAAGUAACUUAUAGUUGUAUCUUUAUAUAGAUACUCGUAAUUCCAACAACAGGACAUUGAGGUCUCUCAAGCUCUGAAGUGGUUUCCAACAAUGAGUACAAUACAAAAUUGACAAAUAUUUCACAUAUUCUUAUUAUAUAAUUAUUAUAAAGUUUAUUUUAAAGUAAAUAUUUUCUGUAAC